AUGGUAAGCGUUAAACAGGUCGUUUUUGCGGUAUUUGCACUUGCGGGGCAGACCAUUGCAGGUGACAAUGCCGUUUUCGACAAGUACAUUAUCACACUGAAGGAUGGGGUCAGUGGACGCUCGUUUGACAAACACAUGAAGUGGAUUAAAGAUGUCCAGUCGAGGGUUCCAUCCCGGAAUCGUGGCUCUGGUGUCGAGAAGAAGUACAAUACCGACUUUGGAUACAAUGGCUAUGUUGGAUCCUUUGAUGAGGCUACACUGGCUGAAAUCAGGGCCAGCCCCGAGGUCCAAGCUGUUGAAAAGGAUGCCCCGGUCUAUCUUUCUGUGAUGCCAGAGGAGGAUACCAAGCUUCAGCGGAGAGCCAGGAAGCUGGGCAAGAGAGCGGAAGUUGAGCAAAAGAAUGCUCCAUGGGGACUGGCAACCGUUUCUCACCGAUACCCCAAUGCACUGGAAUACAACUACAACGAUGCCGCAGGGCGAGACACCUACGCGUACGUUGUAGAUACUGGCGUUCGCCAAACUCAUAAUGAGUUUGAUGGCGGCCGGGUCCUUCAAGGGUAUACUGCAUUUGAUUCUCACGAAGAUUCUUUUGGCCAUGGAACCCACGUUGCUGGCACCAUCGCCGGCAAGACAUACGGCGUUGCCAAGGAGGCCAACAUCAUUGCCGUGAAGGUUUUCAACGGCAGUUCGUCAACCAUGGAGAUAACUCUCGGUGGGUUCAACUGGGCAGUCACGGACAUUCUCAAGAACAACCGGACCGGCAGGGCCGUGAUAAGCAUGUCUUUCGGCGGUGGAGCCACUGAAGCUUUUAAUACUGCUGUUGACAGAGCUUCAGCCCACGGUGUUGUGAGCGUCGCCUCUGCGGGUAACUCCUAUGACGAUUCUUCCUAUUAUUCCCCGGCCUCCGCCAAGAGUGCUAUCUGUGUUGGUGCCAUUGGUCAAUCUUGGUAUAUGGCAGACUUCUCCAACUUUGGCCCUAACAAUGAUAUUUUUGGGCCUGGAGUUGGCGUUUUAUCCUCCUGGAUCGACGAUGAUAAAUCGACGAGAAAGCUGUCCGGUACUUCCAUGGCAGCUCCUCAUAUUUCAGGGCUUGUGCUCAAUGCCAUGUCAGUGAAUGGGAUCACUGGUGUUGAGCCAGUUACGCAGCACCUCAUCAAAACUGCUACGAGGAACAAGAUUGAGGGUGGUGUUCACGGCUCCCCUAACUUGAUUGGAAACAACAACGUUCCCGGCCAGUGGCAGUAG